AUGCUCGACAUCCGCAUCUUGAGGCUCCUGCCCUACGUGGCCUGCGUGCUCUCGCUCUUCACCCUCACCUCGUACCUUUACUCCAACGAGUUCGCGCACACUCACCGGCUGUCCACGCCGACGUGGUGGCCAGGUGCCGACGGCAAUGCCCUGCACAAUCCAGACAUACCGCUCCCGUCGCCCGAGGAGGACCACCACCCGAUUAUCGGACUGCUAGCGCGCGCUGAUCAAGAAUUUGACGAGCUGCUGGUGAAGGAGACCUUUGACCUGCCGGCGGCGGCGCAGCGUUACCGCGAGCGCAGAGGACGGCAUCCGCCACCGGGCUUCGACAAGUGGUGGGAGUAUGCGAAGGACCACCAUGCGAUCAUCGUGGAGGACUUCUGGGACCAGAUAUACCAUGAUCUCAAUCCCUUAUGGGCGCUGGACCCGGUCCAGAUGUUGAGAGAUGUGAGGAUGCAGAUGAGCCAGAUGAAGGUCAGGAAGGGGAAGGUCAGCCAGAAGACGGAUCAUUUCUGGAUGCCGAUCUGGCAGGAGUUGAUCCAGACUGUGGCGAAGGGGCUGCCGGACAUGGAUCUCGCUAUGAAUACUAUGGACGAACCGAGGAUGUGGGUGCCGUGGGAGAAGAUGGGCGAGCACAUGGAGCAUGAGAGGAGUGGGAGAAAGCUGGUGGACAAGAGUGUCCUGACGGAUAAGUUCUCUGGUGAGUGGAUGGAUGGAUGCGGCAAUGGAAUGCUGCUCAAUGGCGGGCGGGUGCUAAUGGGUAUAGACUUCGUCGAAUACAAUGCGACCGCCGAACUCAUAGAACAAUUUCCGUGGAACACAGCAGGGUCCAUCUGGCCUCGAGUCGUGGCUCCAUGUCCGCCUGGUAGUCCGGCGAGGACGUGUCCCAUUCAGACCGACUUCUCACAGCCGCCGAACAUGACUUUGGCGCAUACGGGACCUCAUACGCACCAAGGCUAUGUUUCCAACUAUACACUCUCGAUGUCGAUAUGUCAUCAACCAGAUCUCCAAGGUCUGCACGGCUUCUUCAUCGAGAGCAUCAGUAUAGCCACAACCGACAAGCUGUUCCCCAUGUUCGGGAGCAGCAAGCUUGCCGAGGGAUCUGAGAUACUAGUCCCUCCUACGAUGUACUAUAAAGGCGAUAAACGUUUCACGUCAGCUGAAGAUGCUGCCGUCCCAUGGGACAAGAAGACGUCGACUAUGAUAUGGCGAGGCCUGGCAUCAGGUGGCCGCAACAGAGCCGAGAACUGGAAAGGCUUCCACCGACACAGACUCGUGUCCAUGCUGAACGGGACCCAGGCCCUCCUAAUGCCCAACUCCUCCUCCUUUAUAGACAUUGCUACACUCCCCCUCGAACCCUACAGCCUCUCCACCUUUACAUCUCCUGACCCCAACGAGCGCGCCCAGGCCAUGGGCGAAUGGCUCAAUUCCUUCGCGGACGCCUCCUUCAUCGACCUCUCCUGCUUCCCGAAGCAGGAUCCCCCAUCCCUAGGCUGCGAGUACACAGACCACCUCUUCGCGCCCAAGUCGAGCAUCAGCCUGCUCAAGCAACAGGCGCACAAGUACCUGCCCGACGUGGACGGCAACUCCUUCUCGGGGCGCUACCGCGACUUCUUGCAGUCGUUCAGCGUGCCGCUCAAGGCGACGCUGUUCAAGGAGUGGCACGACAGCCGGCUCGUCGCAUGGAAGCACUUCGUGCCCGUCGACAACCGCUAUAUGGACCUGUACGGCAUCAUGGAGUUCUUUGUCGGCACGGGCACGGCGGACGGCUUCCACCCAGAGUCCGCGCCUUUGGAUGAGAGGAGCGAUGAGACGGGCACGUUCCGGACGAAGAAGGGGGGCCGGGAUCGCCUGGCGCAAAAGAUUGGCGCGGAUGGGAGGGCGUGGGCGCUGAAGGUGCUGCGGAAGGAAGAUAUGCAGAUCUACAUGUACCGGCUGCUGUUGGAGUAUGCGCGGGUGAUGGACGUCAAGCGGGAUGUGCUGGGCUGGGUUGAGGUUGUGGAGGAGGAAGAGGGGGAGAUGCAUGGAGAAGGGGCAGCGAGAUCCACGUCUAAAUGA